GGCGCCACUUCCGGUUCCGGCGGCUGGCUACAAAGCUUUGCGCUGGGAGUCUUCGACCUCCUUUUCCAGAGUUCCAGAAUGGAGACUGAAGGGUAUCUAGAGGCACAAAGAAAUAGAGAAGCCCAGAAUGAUAAAAUGAGGUCACCAUCAAAUGAGAUGAUGGCUGAGGAGCCAGAAGUUGUUCUAAUACCGGCUCCCCAGGUCCAGGCUCCUCGAGAGCCUUCUGGGCUUCCACAAGAGAGCCUUGAUGAAGACUCUCUCGAAGACCUUGAGACCAUGCCACGAAGGAAUCCUCCCAACGCAGCAGCCUCCAGGCAGAGGUUCCGGAAAUUUCGCUAUGAAGAUGGAGCUGGGCCCAGGGAUGUCCUCAGACAUCUGCAAGAGCUUGCCGGACAGUGGCUGAGACCCGAUAUUCACACAAAGGAGCAGAUUGUGGAGAUGCUGGUUCAGGAGCAGUUCCAGGCUGUCCUGCCCGAGGAGCUCAGAGCUCGGGCCCAGAGAUGUCAGCCUGGGGUCAGAAUCACUGGCUAAAUCCUGCCACAGGGUUCUUGCUCAGCCUACACAUGAGAAGUAACCAAACGUUCUCUUUGUUGCAGGAGCCAACAACAGUCAUGGAGAAAUGUGAACCUCGGGGGUUUUUUUGUUUUUGUUUUUUUUUCUUUCGGCUUGCCUUUGACUAGUUGUGAUAAGAACCCAUCAGAACCCAUGUUUGGACCUCUCUCCCGCGGAGGCAGCUCUAAUUCCUGGGACUGAGCUCCAGAAAGAGCUUCUGUUAGGACCCUCUUGUUAGGACAAUCAGCCUGUUGCUUGUUCUUGCUCUGCUGAAUGCCUCCUUUUUUGCACUUUCUGACAUGCUUUAAUAUAUUGUUAUGUAUCCAAAGAGGUAAUUGCUUCAACUUUCAGAAUUCUUGAUUCUUGCUGUGGCGGCAUGAAUGGAAGCUUCUGUAACCCCACCAGUAACUCAUCUGAGAUGUCCUUGAACUAUUAAAAGUUUAGUGCUUAA